CCGGAGACAAGGAGAGUACAUAAAUGUGACAAGUCGCUGCGUACAUGACCCCCCCAUCCCUGAGCGAUGCAAGGCAUCGACAUCUGACAGCCACACGUAGCUGAGUGUAAUUUGCUUUUCCUGUCAAGGCCAAUCGAGAAUAGCCAACAUCAAGCACAUGGCCCAGGGUCCAGGCCGACCUCGAUGCAGAUCACGAGGCUCAGACAUGGAACUGAAGGUGUGUGUAGUGGGGGAGGGGUAUGUCGGGGGCCUCAUCGCAGAGUAGGUAUGGCAGGUUCAACACUGCAAUGGGUGUACAACACAAUACUGCAGCAUUCGAUGUCGGUCGGUAUUACAUGGUGACGUCGGGGUGCGCCUCGUCGAGCGAUUCAUGUUGAAGGAUAAAUAAGCCGUGUCGGAACCUGUCAAUUGAUCCAUCGUGUCAGGCCUAGUUCAAGAGCUGGUCAGCAAUUGCAGCGCAAAUUGGAACAAUUCUUUUAUCUUCCCUAAACAAGUGUCGACAUCAUGGCUGGUCGCGAGCCUGCCACACGACGCAGCAUCGACAUCACACGCCAGCAGAGCUGGAGUGAAACGUCGCCAACCGAUGAGAGACCCCAAACACCAGACCUUGAGAGCCAGCACAAGAGAGGCUGGAUUCGCGUCGCGCAGCAGCAACAGCGUGAUCCGAGGCAUAUGGUGGCCCCCCGUUGCCUAGCAAUAACAGGAGCAUGCGUCCUCUACAGAACAAGCCACGUCAUAGCGCUCGACCAACCGAACAAGUCCUUCUUAAGCAACCUCCUCGCCACCUGGGAAACUCUCCUAGGGCCUGAGGAUGAAGGCAUUCUCGUCGAUGAGAUGGAACGCGACUGGGUAUCGCUCUCGCAGCCAGAUAUACUCGACCAAGUCAUCAGCCUCAUACCCACAACCGAUCUUGGGCAACGGAUGUUUAGACCGUUCCUGGUGGAAGAGGAGAACAUCGGAGAGAACAACGAUAUGCUCCACUACCGCGAGGGUUGGAUACGGACCCUGAUUGUCGGCGGUAUCAGCGUCAUCAUCGGCGUUUUCGCGUGCGCACCUGUCGCCAUCCAGUCGCUCAACGUAAAGUCGGCUGGCGGAGAAGUCGCAACGUAUCUUGUCUUCAUGAUCGUGUUUGGAUUGCUGAGCCAGGCCCUUCUCCACGGAUUUGAGAAGAUUCUCCUGGCCUGUUUAGCCUACGCAAGUGUGAUGGCGACUGUGAUGAGGCAGGGUCAGUGA